AGAUGCCUCGCGCCUUUAGAAAUUAUAGAAAAACCUACAAAGUUCCUCGGCGUCCUUUUGAAUCUGCCCGUUUGGAUGCAGAACUUCGGCUUUGUGGGGAAUAUGGGUUGAGAAAUAAGCAAGAAAUUUGGAGAAAUCUUUUAAUUCUUUCAAAAAUUCGCCGAGCAGCACGGGAAUUAUUGACACUUGAUGAUAAGGACCCUCGAAGACUUUUUGAAGGUAAUGCUUUAAUUCGUCGACUUGUACGGAUAGGUGUUUUGGAUGAAACAAAAAGAAAAUUAGAUUAUGUAUUGGCAUUGCGUAUUGAGGAUUUCCUUGAACGACGACUUCAAACACAGGUGUUUAAGCUUGGCCUUGCAAAAAGUAUUCAUCAUGCACGUGUCCUUAUUCGUCAACGUCAUAUUCGUGUGGGGAAACAAAUUGUUAAUGUUCCAUCUUUUUUGGUACGAUUGGAUUCUCAAAAACAUAUUGAUUUUGCUCUUAAUUCACCAUUUGGUGGUGGACGGCCUGGUCGGACACGGCGUAAAAAACUUUCUGCUAAAGCAGAAAUAGAUACUGCAGAGGAAGAGGAAUAAAAAAACUUUUUUGCGU